AUGGCCAACGCAGGCCUCCUUCAAACCAGCCUCAUCUGGGUGGCGUACGCUGUAGCUGUUGUCCUCUGUCUACUAGCUGCUAUCAUCACCACCUUCACCUGGCAAACACCCCGCGAGCGGUCUGCCAUCGUCAGUACCGUCGCCAUCGUCAGUCUCACAGCCCUUCUGGCAACGGUUCUCCUUCUUCCCGUCGAUAUCGCUCUUAUUUCGUCGACAACACACGCCUCCCUUGGCGUGAAGAAGGACUGGGCUACCGAACAGCGGGUCUACGAUAUUCUCCAGACUUUGCGCAUCGUAUACUAUUCUCUGUACAGCUUUGACGCCCUGCUGUGUCUCUUGAUUAUUCCAUUCGCCUACUUCUGGCACGAGGAAUACGAUGAGAUUGAGGUCGAGGAAGGUCGGUCAUUCGGCAGCCGCCUCAUCAGCGCGCUGAAAUACACAUUGGUCUUUGUUGUCCUUGUUGUGGUCCUCUUUCUGGUCGGCUUCUUCGUUCCAGCCGCUGGAGACCACAACGGCGCUCACUGGGACUUGGAUUACUUCAAACGCAUUCUCGCCCAGAACAAUGGGCAAAAGGCGCUCUCCUUCGCAUUGGGUCUGCUGGUCACUCUUGGAGUUCUGCUCUACGUUAUCUACACAGCGGCUGGACUGGCGCUGCUUCCCAUGUCCUUCAUCAAGUCUGCACCUUCCGUCUCUGCACCCCAACUUACGGAAAACACCGCAUCGGCAUUGGAGCAGAAUCGGGAACGCCAACGCCAGCUAGAGAUGCGCAACGCUGGCCGCCCUGAGGGCAUGUCUUCCAAGGACCGACGCGAGCUCGAGGCCCUGGUGCGUGAGGAGCGGACGUUGACUCGCCGAGAGAGGUUGGCGGCUGAGGCUUCGGGGGAAGGCCGCAGUACUAUCUACCGUGUGUGGCUCAAGUUGUGCGCCGUCUUCCGGCCGAUCAAACUUCUUGGUGGCAUCUUGCUGCUCUUGCUUUCCGUCCUGAUCUGGGUGUCAAUGUUGAUCACUGGGAUUGACAAGGCGAAGAACUCCUUCUGUAAGGGGAAGUGCGGCUACAUCCUGGGCCAUAUUAACAUCUUUCAACCGAUCAACUGGAUUUUCACGCAGUCGGCUAAGGCGUUCCCGGUCGACUACGUCCUUAUGGCUCUCCUCGUAUUGUUUUUAUUCAGCAGUUCCAUUUCGGGCAUCGCCGCCGUCGGUAUCCGAUUCCUCUGGGUUCGCAUCUUCCAGAUUCGCAGAGGACGUACCGCGCCUCAAGCCCUACUUGUCGCAACGGUUAUGCUAGCUCUCAUCAUCCUGGCCAUCAACUAUGCUAUCGCCAACAUGGUGGCCCCUCAAUACUCCAUUUACGGCACGCAGACGUUCUGCACAGCCCCUCAUGAAGUUGGCGAGACGCCCAACUGCAAGGGCAGGCCUGACUAUAUUGUUCAAUGCUCCGAGGCUUUGGACCCCGAUGCGCUGAAAGUCUGCACACCUUCGGUCAUGGCGGAGUUCCUAAAUCGAAUCGCCAUCACCUGGCCCUUUUUUGGCGUCUUGGACUUCUGGGCCCAGUUCGUCUUCCUCGGUAUCUUCCUUGUUGUCUUUGUGACUGGACUGUUCCGCACGCCCAAGCUCAACAUGUCUGCGCUUGACGAGGACGCCGAGGAGGAUGAGGAGGAGGGCCUGCUCGCAAGCACCGGACGGAGAUUCGGAGCUACAUGGCAGGACAUUACGGGACGCACAACCUCAAAGAAUACCUACGGCACGCAGGGGGGCAACAACGGCGCCAGCUCUUCUGAGGCUUGA